AUGGAUCAAGGUGGUCUUGAGCAAGCUAAUGCGUUAGGAGGGUUUCAGUGGCAACAAAGACAAAAGUAUGAUCCAUACUCCAACAACUAUAACGCAGGGUGGCGCGAUCAUCCACACUUAAAGUGGAACAAUCAAGACAACGGACAACAAUCUGUUCCCAACAACUAUAACCGUCUACCUGGCUUCUUUCAAGCAAGACCGCAGACACCAUUUCAGCCUCAACAACAACAAGCUCCAAGUAAGUCUCUUAAGGAUUUAAUUGCUUCUUUAGAUAACUCUACUCAAUCUCAUCAACAGAAAACAGACAAAGCAAUUGAAAACCUUGAGCGCCAAAUGAGUCAGUUGGCAAGUUUGAUGGGGCAACAACACCAACCAGGAAGGUUGCCUAGCCAAGCCGUGGUGAAUCCAAAUGCGGAGCAGAUGAAUGUUGUGACUUUAAAGAGUGGAAAAGAAGUUUUUGAGCAGCCAAGGAUGCAAAAGAGGACUACAAAAGAUACAAAUGAGCAAGGGGAGCAACAAACCAAAAAUCUUGAGCAAGAUGAGGCUUCAAUAGAAACUAAAAAGUCUCCUAAAGAUACAGAAUUGAACAAAAAAGAUUCUGAUAAGGUAAGUAAAGAAGUUCAAAAUUCAUUUAACUCAUGUGUCCCUAUUCCUUUUCCUCGUAGGUUUAUGAAGUCUAAGAAAGAGCAAACUGAUAAGGAAAUCUUGGAUACUUUCCGAAAAGUCCAAGUGAACUUACCUCUUUUAGAUGCCAUAAAACAAAUGCCCAAGUAUGUAAAGUUCCUUAAAGAGCUUUGUACGAACAAGAGAAGAUUCAAUGAUCAAGAAACUGUGGCAUUAAGCGAGGAAGUAUCAGCUGUUUUGCAGAGAAAGCUACCACCGAAGUUGAAGGAUGCCGGUAGCUUUACCAUUCCAUGUGUAAUUGGAGGGAAAGAGUUUGGGAGAGCAUUGUGUGAUCUGGGGGCAUCCAUUAAUCUGAUGCCAUAUUCAAUGUAUGAAUCAUUAAACCUUGGAGACUUAAAGGAAACAAAGGUAGUAAUCCAGUUGGCAGAUCGUUCAAAUAGAUAUCCCAAAGGCCUAUUGGAGGAUGUACUUGUGCAAGUGAAUGAACUUAUUUUUCCCGCUGAUUUUUUUGUUCUUGAGAUGGAACAUGACCCUAUGCCUACUGCACUUCCUCUUGUAUUGGGAAGACCAUUCCUUAGAACGGCGCGUACGAAGAUUGAUGUCUACGAUGGUAUUUUAACCAUGGAAAUUGAUGGAGAAAGCGUCAAGUUCAAAAUCUUCGAUGCUAUGAGGUACCCUAGUGAUUUUGAAUCUUGUUUGUCUAUUGAUGCGUUUGACUAUUUUGUGCAAGGUUAUUUUAAUGAAGGUGUGGGACAAGACCAUUUAGAGAAGGCGUUAGUGCAUAGCAUUACACAUGGAAAACUUAAUUAUUCUGAGCACAUUGAAGAAGAAUUAAUCCAUACAGUGGCAACCCUUGAGUCUCUUUCACCAAUUCGUGGUAAGUUUUCUUCCUAUUUUAUUUCUUUUCCUACUUCUAACAAAAAAAUUCUUCCUUCUGUGAUUCAGGCACCAAAAUUGGAGCUUAAACCGAUUCCUGAACAUUUGAAGUAUGCAUUUUUGGGAGAGGAUGAAACAUUACCGCUACAUGUAUGCAUAGGAUUUUGCUGGAGGAAGGUGCAAAACCUACAAGGGAAGCUCAACGCCGUUUGA